AUGAAAAAUAAAAAGAAACUUAGUCAAAUCAGCGAUUCAACAAGAGAUGAUAAAAAUCAUGAACAACUUGAAACACGUCGUGUUGCUGACCAUAUUAGUAAACGUAGAAGAAGGGAUGCAGAAACUCUGCAUGAACGUGAAUUGCGUCUUGCUAAUGAGCGUGAAAGCAGGAGAAAAAAAAGGGCCUUAGAAACGACUGAUCAACGUAAAGAUGAGCUGCCAGAUGAACAUCUGAAUCUUCAAGAUAAUAUUUAA